AUCUAUUAUAUAAAAAUAAGUCCGGUUUUCCUCCCUGACGCUAUAACUCCAGAACGCACGAACCGAUUUCCACGGUUUUGCAUUCGUUGGAAAGGUCUUGGGCUCCGUGAGGUUUAUAGCAAAGAAAAUUCUGGAAAAUUCAGGAAAAAUUCAACAGAAAAGUGGGGAAAUCGUUUUUCACAUACAGCGCCAUCUAUUAUACAUAGCAUGUACUUCAAACCAAUAGCAACGGUGCGUGAUAAAGUGUGUGACAGAUAUCAUUAUUCUCUGUUCAGUUAAUCUAUUAUAUAAAAAUAAGUCCGGUUUUCCUCCCUGACGCUAUAACUCCAGAACGCACGAACCGAUUUCCACGGUUUUGCAUUCGUUGGAAAGGUCUUGGGCUCCGUGAGGUUUAUAGCAAAGAAAAUUCUGGAAAAUUCAGGAAAAAUUCAACAGAAAAGUGGGGAAAUCGUUUUUCACAUACAGCGCCAUCUAUUAUACAUAGCAUGUACUUCAAACCAAUAGCAACGGUGCGUGAUAAAGUGUGUGACAGAUAUCAUUAUUCUCUGUUCAGUUAAUUUCAUUUAUUGUAAAUUAUAUGGAUCGUGCAUUUGAAGUUAAAUUCAACACUAUGUCCAUAGUCCAAAAUGCCUAGAGAACGACGUGCGAACAUCGGCCGCCGCACAAGACAUGCAAGCCAGCAACAAGUCUAUUCAAGGAACUUAAGAGAAGAAAGACAAAAUAUAAUAAGAGAAAAUGACCGAUUGAGACAUCGCGUGAGCACACGAAGAUCAUUGGCAUCAUACAAUCGCUUGGCAUUCCAAUAUGAUCCCACUGCGAACUACAGUGAUGAUGAAAAUUUGGAUAUUGGACGAAUGACGACUAUAUGCCGAUAUUGCAAUGCGGUAAAGUUCAAAAGAGAAACGGUUGGAUUGUGCUGCGCAAGUGGAAAAGGCAAACUGGAUCCAUUACUUACACCACCACAGCCACUGAAAACAUUGUUUGAUGGAAGUGAUCCCGAUUCCAGCCAUUUUCUUCAACACAUCCUUGAAUACAAUAACUGCUUUCGCAUGACUUCCUUUGGAGCUAAUAUCAUUCGAGAAGGCGGCUUCAUGCCGACUUGCAAGAUACAAGGUCAAAUAUAUCAUUUGCAUGGUUCAAUGGUGCCAACACCAGAUGAACCGCAUCAAUUUCUGCAAAUAUAUUUCAUUUCGUCGAUGGUGGAUCAGCUGAACGUGCGGUGCAAUAUACAGGGAGCACAACAGUUAAAGAGACGAAUUAUUGAACAGUUGCAAGCAUUUUUUCACGCUAAUAAUGCUGUGGUUAAUAUGUUCAAAACAGCAUUGGAACGAAUGCCAUCGGAUACGCACAAAUUUGUCAUAAGAGCGGAUUGUACUCCGACAGGUGAACAUGUGCGAAGAUUCAAUGCACCCACCGUUAAUGAUGUUGCUGCAAUUAUUGUUGGCGAUCCAACUAAAUCACGAGACAUUGUCGUUCAGCGAAGAAGCAAUAUCAUGCAUCGUGUAAACGAGACACAUCGUUUGUACGAUGCGUUACAAUAUCCAAUCAUUUAUUGGCAAGGGCAAGACGGAUACGACAUCACGUUGAAGAUGGUCGAUCCAAUUACAGGAGUAUCAACGAAUAAUAAAAAUCUAAGCGCAAUGAAUUACUAUGCGUAUCGUAUGAUGAUUCGUACACAUGAGGAGAAUGUCAUUCUGAAGUGCGGUCGGCUAUUCCAGCAAUUCGCUGUUGACAUGUAUGUCAAAGUCGAGACCGAACGUUUAGCGUUCAUCAGAUUCAAUCAGCCAAAGCUACGAUCUGAGGACUAUAUACACUUGCGUGAUGCUAUUCAUUCAGAUGGUGAUGUUCAGAAUAUUGGACGACUGACGAUUCUCCCAUCAACUUAUAUCGGAAGCCCACGCCACAUGCACGAAUACGCUCAAGACGCUAUGACGUACGUGCGAAAUUAUGGAACUCCGGAUUUAUUUAUUACGGUCACAUGCAAUCCGAAGUGGACGGAAAUUGAACGCGAGUUGGAACCGGGUCAAAAACCGCAAGAUCGCCAUGACAUAAUCGCCAGAGUAUUUCAGCAAAAACUCAAGGUUAUGAUGGAUGUGCUUACUAAGUAUCGAGUUUUUGGUGACACACGUUGUUAUAUGUACUCGGUGGAAUGGCAGAAGCGUGGACUACCGCAUGCUCAUAUCCUAAUUUGGUUGCUGAACAAAUUACAUUCAAAUGAAGUGGAUGACAUCAUAUCAGUUGAAAUUCCUGAUCCAGUCACUGAUCCCCGUCUACACGACAUUGUGACGACACAGAUGGUGCAUGGACCGUGCGGUGCAUUAAAUCCAUUAUCGCCUUGCAUGGCUGAUGGAAAGUGCACAAAACGAUAUCCGCGACCGUUAGUUGCUGAAACAGUCACAGGGAACGAUGGAUAUCCAGUUUAUCGUCGGCGUUCAAAAGAAGAUAACGGUCGAACUAUCAAAGUUAAAGUUCAAAAUCAAGAGAUUGAGAUCGGAAAUGAAUUCAUUGUACCAUAUUGCCCGCUGCUAUCACGAAUUUUCGAAACACAUGCAAACGUUGAGAGUUGUCAUUCGGCCAAAUCAAUCAAAUAUUUGUGCAAGUACGUCACAAAAGGCAGCGACAUGGCUGUGUUUGGUAUUGCGUCGGAAAAUGUGAAUGACGAAAUCAGCAACUUCCAAAUGGGCAGAUACGUCAGUACUAAUGAAGCACUGUGGCGAUUAUUGUCAUUUCAAAUUCAUGAAAGAUAUCCCACAGUUGUACAUUUAGCAGUGCAUUUGGAAAAUGGCCAAAGAGUUUACUUCACUGAGGCUAAUGCGGCACAACGAGCUGAGAGACCACCAUCGACAACAUUGACUAGCUUCUUUGCAAUGUGUGAAGCAGAUCCAUUCGCAGCGACGCUGAUGUACGUUGAAAUGCCCAAGUAUUACACUUGGAAUCAAUCAACAAAGAAAUUCCAACGUCGCAAACAAGGAACCCCAGUUCCAGACUGGCCACAGGUGUUUUCAACUGAUGCACUAGGUCGUAUGUACACUGUUCAUCCUAGAAACGAUGAAUGUUUUUAUUUGCGACUGCUGUUAGUAAAUGUACGUGGACCGAAAUCAUUUGCGCAUUUGAAAACUGUGAAUGGCCACCAAUGCCAAACAUAUCGAGAAGCAUGUCAACUAUUGGGUUUGCUGGAGAACGAUUCUCAUUGGGAUUUAACACUUGCAGAUUCAGUUGUUUCAUCAAAUGCGUACCAAAUACGAACGCUGUUCGCAAUUAUCAUCACCACAUGUUUUCCUUCACAACCAAUUCAGUUAUGGAACAAAUACAAAGACGCCAUAUGUGAAGAUAUCUUGCAUCGCUUGCGUAUUCAAACGAAUAAUCCUGACAUCCAAAUAACCGAUGAAAUCUACAAUGAAGGAUUGAUUCUGAUUGAGGAUCAAUGCUUGACUAUUGCAAACAAGCUAUUGAUUGAAGUAGGAAUGAUUGCGCCAAAUCGAUCGAUGCACGAUGCAUUCAACCAAGAAUUAAAUCGAGAGCUGCAAUACAAUGUUGAUACAUUGCAGGAAUUCGUUAGAAAUAAUGUUCCGUUGCUGAAUGAACAGCAAAAACAAGUAUACAAAACAUUAAUGCAAGCGGUGGACAAUAAUACUGGUGGUCUAUUCUUCCUGGAUGCACCUGGAGGAACAGGGAAAACAUUUGUCAUUUCAUUGAUUUUGGCCACUAUUCGAUCAAGAUGUGACAUAGCUUUGGCGUUAGCAUCAUCUGGAAUUGCGGCGACUCUUCUAGAUGGCGGUCGUACUGCACAUUCUGCGCUUAAGUUGCCACUCAAUUUAAACACAAUUGAUACUCCAACGUGCAAUAUUUCCCGAUCCAGUGCAAUUGGAAAAUUGUUAAUGCAAUGCAAGCUCAUUGUUUGGGAUGAGUGA